GACCGUGCAUCGCUGCAUUCGACUGCAUCAAUCCGACCGUCCGUGUCAUCCAUCUCUCCCUCAUCCACGAUAGCCACGAACGCCAAACGAGACAGACAGUCAGACACACAGAAGUCACCAGACCGACCCAAGCACCUCACGGUCAUCACAGUUUGGUUCUCCUCGGCUGUGGCUUGGCAGUCAUCACCCCAUCCCAUCCCAUCAGCGGCAGUUUCACCGGGAAACAGUCAAGCACUCGGCUGUUUCAGCAUGACGCAAAAAUGCUUUGAGAUCUGACCUGUCUCAGGGUAUGGGUUUCAGGGCGGAGAGUUCAGUUAUCACACGCAUGCAGUCCAGUGCACACAACACACACAGGUGGGUCAGGUCAGUGCACGCAAGCCCUAUCAACACACACACAAAUCGACUGACUACUUGACCCCCCACAGAUCAAGGCGAUGCGCCACUCAAUCAAUCCGACAUAUACUGCCAAAUGACUGAAACAGAAUGUCUGCCUUCGAGGUACAGCCUUCUGAUCGCCCCCAUACACAGCAACGACAUUCGCUUGCCCACGAGGCAGUGUGUGAGCCGUGCCAGGGGACAUCAUCCGUCUGCUCAAGGGAAAUCACUCACAGCGGCCGUCAGUCAGUCGGCAAAGCAGGGGAGGCAGAACACCAACAUCGCAUCACACAUAACACAUAACGCAUACGUCACACCAGUGAGUCCAGCGAGAUCCUCCCCUCCCUCAGGAGGUUGCCAACACCAGAAUGAUGAUCAGCGCGAUGACAGCGAUGGGGGCGAUGAGGCAUUAGCGGGCCCACUUGUACCUCUCCGUCCCCCUCUUGGCGUCCAGGUUGACACAGAAGGCGAUGCAGCCGAUGAUGGGGAAGAAUAUCGACAACACGCACGAUAUCUGCCCACACACACACAGAGGGAGAAUGUUUGGCUGUGCGAGCAGCUGCCCACAUCUCUUUGUGUGUCACCUGUGCGCAGGUGAGCAUAGAUUCUUCAGCUCUGUCCUGCACCUCGACCACGUGGAUGACGUGAGCUCCGCCAUUUAAUGGCUGCGGCUGGACGUACGGCUGCUGGACGACGGGCCCUCCCACGCCUCCCUGGACCAUCUGGGUAUACGUGGGACCAGCCGCCAUCGCCAGCGGCUGUCCGAUGGCGUACGGCGCCGGCUGGACGACCACCGUAGUGGUGGACGGACCCGCGGACGACUGCGGUACGGGCGUGGGCGAGUACUGGGGGUUGACGGGCGAGGUGUGGCCUUCGAUUUCUUCAGAGGAGUAAGUCGGAGGAGCGUCGACGGACGGAAAGGAUGGCAUUGCGGACGACUGUUAGGCUGAUGUCAACGAACGAAGAAAAGUCCAGCAGCAGGGCAAAACGGAUUGGAAGGAAGAUGGAAUGUGCGCCUUUGGGACACUCAAAGGCAGCUCGCAACCCGAGAGUUAAGAGAGCUCAAAGGAAGCUCGCAACCCGAGAGUUAAGAGCGGAUGUCCU